AUGGCUUUCCCAAACCGCCUUCUCAACCCUUUAACGUGGCGCCACGUUGGCCUUGGCCUCACAACCACCGUCUUCGCCCUGGGAAGCUUGGCCAUCCUCGCACCACCCGUUGCUGCGGAAUCUCUUGGGGUCAUACCUACCACACCAGAAGGCAAGUCCAUAACCGAAAAAGCAAUGAUAUUCCUGGGUAUACGAGACUUGGCGGCUGCAGGAGCGCUGUUUUGGUUCUUUCACAAGGGGAAGAUGGAGGAGAUGGGGGUUUUGACAACGGCGUGGACUCUUGUAUGCGUGACGGAUACAUGGGUUGCCACGCAGGGACCGAGAGGAUGGGAUAAGGGAAUUUGGACGCUUUGUGGGGGAGCGGUAGUGGUUGCGUUUGUGGGUUUGGGUCUAUUGCAAUCUUGA